AUGUUCCUUUUUUUCACAACAAUAUUUCUUAUCAUACAACUACCAUCUACAGUUACUCAGCAAUGGGGAUGUAUCUUUUGCUUCUUUCCAUAUUAUCCACAACCAUAUCCAUAUUUUUAUCCACCAGUUAUUACUCCUCCGACAUUUUUUCCUUCUUAUCGGUCUAUUGGUCCAUGUGUAAAUGGUCGAUGUCCAGCCGGAUAUGGCUGCUAUAAUUCACAAUAUGGGCCAUGUGUCAACAAUCAAUGUCCAAUGGGAUUUUGCUACAAUGGUCAAUGUGUGGGAUAA